CCCGCCUGAGAAGAAAAAUGUAAAGCAGAUGUGGAAAAAAGAGCAAAGAAUCAAGAAGUUAGGUUCAAUUAUCAUUAGCACCGUUCUCAACACAGCGAAAAGUAUCAAGCAGUCUGGGAACAAAUAUAAGAAACCCGAAGAAGUAACUGGAUCAGACGCCCAUAAUGAUCUUUUUAAUAAUGGGGAUGUUUCAACCUUCAUCCAACUCUUGAGGCAAAACUUACUAGAAAGGUCUCCGCUAUAUGUUUAUGGUUUGGGGAAUGGCCAGGGCUUGAGCAUUGAGCUCAAAUAUAUCCAAAUAGCCGGGUUAUUAAGAGCAAAACCUGGCAAAACCAGGAACACAUUCAAAACAAGCGAACACGAAAAAUUUGAUAAAGAACUAGAGGGCAUGGAUGAAGAAGCUCUGCUAAAAAUGGAGUAUAAAUAUUUUUCCAAGGAUGAUGAAAAAUAUGUCAGAACCACAGUAGGUACGGUUCUACAAAAUGGUAUAAGACAAUUAACUGAUUCGGGCAUUCGUUGUUUUAGUAGUUGGGUUUCAGACAAUAUUGUAGAGGCAAAUAGAUGGGUAUCCCAACAUGAACAUUAUAAAGUUUAA